GAAUGCAGAACAAAAGGUUCCCGCCCUGGGGUAAAGACUAUUUAAGCAAUGGGAAGCUAUCAGAUCUUUGUCUUUGGUUUGCCUGACACACUCCAAAGAGCGCUGGGAACACAGAUCAAGGGAAAAGACUCUCUGACUGGAAGAUUAAGCCUAGAACAAGAACAGCUCAUUAGGCCAACCUUCCUCCAGCUGACUGUUCUCUCACUCUGCAUGUGCGCGUGUGAAAGCCAGUGAGAGAGAGAGCGAGAAACAUUGCCUGGGCUAUGCUGACAGACGACUUUUUUCCUCAGUUGUCAGUUUUCUUGUCUGUCAGCAGAGCUGCUGCUAUGGAAUCACCAACUAAGGAAAUUGAAGAAUUUGAGAGCAACUCUCUGAAAUAUCUACAGCCUGAACAAAUCGAGAAAAUCUGGCUUCGUCUGCGAGGACUGAGAAAAUACAAGAAAACAUCACAGAGGGGAAACUGCAGCACUGUUAGUGGAUUAUGUGGUGAUGUAUGUAUUACUGCUAGAGCUUCUGGUAUGCUCAAUUGCAGUGAAGACAUAUUUGAUGUGAAACUACAUGCAUUUAAGCUCCAAUGCUCAGCUACUCUGGAGAUAAGCUCCUAUCCUACACUUAAAUGCAGGCAUAACUUCACUCAUAUAAAUCGGCUCAUGUUGCGGUCUUUGGUAAAGCAGCUAGAGAGAGGAGAGGCUUCAGUUGUAGACCUAAAAAAGAAUUUGGAAUAUGCAGCAACUGUACUUGAAUCAGUAUACAUUGAUGAAACUAGGCGUUUAUUGGACACAGAAGAUGAGCUCAGUGAUAUUCAGUCAGACUCCGUGCCCUCUGAGGUCCGAGAUUGGUUGGCCUCCACCUUUACGCGACAGAUGGGGAUGAUGCUUAAAAGGUCUGAAGAAAAGCCACGGUUCAGGAGCAUUGUCCAUGCUGUGCAAGCUGGGAUAUUCGUGGAGAGAAUGUACAGACGGACAUCAAAUAUGGUUGGCCUGAGCUACCCACCAGCUGUGAUUGGAGUGCUGAAGAAUGUAGACAAGUGGUCCUUUGAUGUAUUUGCACUAAACGAUGCUAGUGGGGAUCAUGCACUGAAAUUCAUUUUCUAUGAACUUCUCACACGCUAUGAUCUGAUUAGCCGUUUCAAGAUUCCCAUUUCUGCACUUGUCUCCUUUGUGGAAGCCCUGGAAGUUGGAUACAGCAAACAUAAAAAUCCUUAUCAUAAUCUAAUGCAUGCAGCAGAUGUUACACAGACUGUACAUUAUCUCCUUUUUAAGACAGGAGUAGCGCACUGGCUGACAGAGCUGGAGAUCUUUGCUAUGAUUUUCGCAGCUGCCGUCCAUGACUAUGAACACACUGGAACCACCAACAACUUUCACAUUCAGACACGGUCAGAUCCAGCCAUUCUGUACAAUGACCGAUCUGUGCUCGAAAAUCACCACGUUAGUGCAGCCUAUCGCCUUUUGCAAGAAGACGAGGAGAUGAACAUUUUGUCUAACCUCUCAAAGGAUGAUUGGAGGGAAUUCAGGACUUUGGUGAUAGAGAUGGUGCUGGCCACUGAUAUGUCCUGUCACUUCCAGCAAAUCAAAGCCAUGAAGAAUGCUUUGCAGCAGCCAGAAGGAAUCGACAAGCCGAAAGCCUUAUCACUGUUGUUGCAUACAGCAGACAUCAGUCAUCCUGCCAAGGCCUGGGACCUUCAUCAUCGCUGGACCAUGUCCUUGCUGGAGGAAUUCUUCAGACAGGGUGACAAGGAAGCAGAACUAGGGCUUCCUUUCUCCCCACUAUGUGACCGCAAGUCUACGAUGGUUCCUCAGUCUCAGAUAGGUUUUAUUGAUUUCAUUGUGGAGCCCACUUUUACUGUGCUGACAGACAUGACAGAGAAGAUUGUAACACCACUCAUUGAUGAAGCUUCCCGCUCUGGCAUGUCUGGUUUUAGACGUUCCAGUUUGAAUAGCAUUAGCCCCUCAGAAGUUAAAAGAUCAAGUGUCAAGAGCACUGGGUCAGAAGGAAGUGCCUCACUUAACUGUUCCAUACUCACUGUGGACUUCAAAUGUUUUAAAACCACCUGGACCGAGGUGGUACAGCAGAACCGGGAGAAAUGGAAAGCAAAAGCAACCAAAGAAGAAAAAGCUAAGAAAGAAGCCGAGGAAAAUGCGCAUCAGGGAACAGAUGAAAAGAGAACAGAAGAAAAAGAAGAGAAAAAGGCAGCUGAGGAUAUCACAACAGCCAAGUCAGAAAACAACAAAGAACCAAAUCCUGGGGAAAGUAAGAGCACAGAUUCCAGCAAGAGUCAUGUAAAUGGGACUCGGCAAAGUGGUGCGAACAAACUUGAAGCCUCUCAAGGGAAAAAACUGUCUAGAGCAGACAAGGGAACCGAGUCUCACCAAGCGACAGGAGAGCAGAAACAGCGUGUCCAAAAUGGUGAAUUAAAGGAUGAUAAGUCAGACAAGAAAGAUCAGACUAAUAUGGGAAAUGAUUCAAAGAAAACAGAGGGUUCAAAGCAACAUGCACACGAGGUACCAGACUCGGGUUCCAUGACAAGCCGCCUUACAUUGCCAGCCAUCAAGCCUCAACUGUGCCAUUUCAAGAGACCCAGUUCCCACUCAGGAACCCACUUCCCACCCUUUCACAAGAAAUCUGAUGACCAGCUGGUGAGAUACAAGCUGCUCGACCAGAGAACCAGAAUGAAAAAGAUUCAACACAUUUCUCAGAAUUGGAACAGAAAAUAGGAGAACGGUGCCUCUUAUUCACACUGAUCUUUGCAAGUUGACGAAGGACAUUGUGUAAUAAUCACAUGGACCAUUUUAAUUCUGCACCAAGUGGGGAGUAAUCCAAGAUGCAAACAUGAAAUAAGAUUUAGCCAAAUAAUUCCAUGGAAGCUUUCAGUAGAACCAUUCUCAAUAGCGUUCCUCUUUGCUGGAAUAUUCUCCAACUUAGGGCAAAAAAUUGGUCUGUCACUUUUAAUUUUCAAAAGUAAAUCUGCAUACAUAAAAUAAUGAUAUUGAUUCAUGGAUUGUAGCAGACCAUUAUGACCAUCUAGUUUGAUCUUCAUAAUACAGGGUAUAUAGAACUUUGCCCCGUAAUUUCCACAUUGAACCCAAUAUCAUGUGGUCCUGCUUAGCCUGCCUUUAAACUGAUUGCAUUGUGAAUUACCUGACAUUACCUGAUAUUUAUACUACAGCGGGGACUGAAAAUUGCUUAAGUACAAAGAAUGGGAGAUGGACACCUCCCCUCUAACUUCACAUUCACACAUGCAAAGAAGGCAUAACACCACGUUAAAAUGAAUGAGGCUUAUUUAGAUUUGUUCAUCUAAUAAUAUAUGUUUCUGGCCUUUGUCCCAUUGAUCUAUAUGAAGAAUGGAUUCCAAGUCUGAGAUCAGACUCCUCCAAAGCUUUGUAUGGAGGAAGGACCCAUAGAUUAGAGAAUAAAUAUAGAAGCAAAGUGAUAAGAAGAAGAGAGCGGGCUGCAGUCUCAUCACAUAUGUACUCUACUUCAGUCUCUCAGUAAAGAGUACUAAACAGGACCAUGCUUAUCUUUAGUCCUCUAAGAGUUGUCAUUGCUAGAAAUGCAAUCUCUGAAAGGCACUGCUACACAUGAUGUUAGGUAGUGAAAACUAAUUGGUUGAAACUGUGACAUUAACCCCACUAAUUAUCCCCAUUUCAAUAAUGCAUGAAAUAGCAAAGGUCCAGGAUCAAUGUGGGCCAAUAGGCAUGAGGGUGUGAUAGCCGAGUUAUCCAUCUCCCCUCUCGUUCCACUUCACUGUAGACUACAGUACGCCUGAUAUCAGAAUGGCUAAUUUCAGGUAUAUAACACUUUGGUGCCACAUAGAUAGCAUAAUAAGAACUGAGCAUUGCA